UCCGAAAGCAAUUUCUAUCAAUUGAAUCAGUUGUUUUUCCAACAAUCAAGAAUCCAAAAUGAAAAUCGUACUUUGUUGUUUAAUCUUAAUCAUCUCAAUCGUCGCCAAUGAUGCAAUUGUUUGCACUCCAAGUUAUUGUGCGACAGUUUUGUGUAAACAAAUAGGACCAAACGACUGUGACCCAGGGUCAGUUUACAAGCCCAAUGGCGGAUUCUGUGGAUGUUGUCCAGUUUGUAUUGAACAGUUAGGAGAAGGUCAGUCUUGUGGUCCAAGUUUGAUGAUCAGAGGUGGACCACCACCGACCUCAGAGUGUAGAUCACCGUUGGUCUGUAAAUCAUUCAGUCCAAAUGAACCUCGAAAAUGUACUUACCCUUAUCAAUCCCCACCAAUAAUUGGACCAACUUAUCCAACACCAGCCCAACCAAUUUCUGACUGUUCAUCUGAUUCAAAUGACGCUAUCAUCAUUAUCGAUCAAUUCUAAUACAGCAAUUAACAAUCUAAUUGUAAAGAAAUACUUUAUUCUAAUAAAUAUAUAAUAUGUAAUUCAA